AUGGCAUCGACCACGCGCGUCACUCACUGCAACCUCCGCCCAUCAAAACCAUCCUUACGCCCUCUCCCCGAAAAACCCGGUCCGGUUCGGAUUUCCAUCCCUAAACCCAAACCAACCGAAUCAGAAGGCGCAAACACCAACAUCCUCCUGCAACCGCGCCUAUGCACCCUCAGAUCGUACGGCUCCGAUCCAAUCGCCGCCGUAAUCAAAACUCGUAAACAAGGUACGCAAGUUACCGAUGACGUGUCAUCAUUCUUCGCCACGCUUUCGGAAUACAUCGAGAGUUCUAAGAAAAGUCAAGAUUUCGAAAUCAUCUCCGGUCGUCUCGCAAUGAUGGUGUUUGCGGCGACGGUUACGGUGGAGCUGGUGACGGGAAACUCGGUGUUCAGGAAAAUGGAUAUUGCAGGGAUAACGGAGGCCGGUGGAGUUUGUUUAGCCGCGGUUACUUUCGCGGCUUUGUUUGCUUGGUUUUCAAGUGCGCGUUCCAAAGUGGAUCGAAUCUUUACCGUUAGCUACAAUGCUUUCAUUGAUUCGCUAAUUGAUCAAAUCAUCGACGGUUUAUUCUAUGAUGAAAUGUGA